AUGUUUAUAUUGCCCCUGGAUGUAUCUUCUACUGUUUAUCGCCAAUGCCUUCAAGAUAAUACUACUAAUCCAGCUCCAGUAGUACAAAGUAAUAACUCAAGUACAGACAUACCAAAUCAUUGCCAAAAGCCAUGGAGUUAUGUACCAGAUACAGUAUUUCCUAACCUUUGGAGAGUUGUUUAUUGGACUUCACAAUGUUUGACUUGGCUCAUCAUGCCAAUGAUGCAGUCAUAUAGCAAAGCUGGUGACUUCACAGUCAAAGGCAAACUAAAAUCUGCUUUAGUAGAUAAUGCCAUCUAUUAUGGAUCAUACUUACUCAUAUGUGGUAUAUUACUUAUAUACAUAGCCCUAAAACCAGGCGUUUAUUUAGAUGGAUCUAAAAUUAAAGCUAUAGCAUCUUCUGCCAGCAACACAUGGGGACUGUUUUUAUUAAUUCUAUUACUUGGAUAUGCAUUGGUGGAAGUACCACGAAAUUUGUGGAACAACUCAAAGAAGAACUACACUCUCACUUAUUGUUAUUUUAAAAUAGCCAAAUUAAGUACAGAUAAAUGUGAAGCAGAGGAAACAGUGGAUGAUAUUUUGCAUAGCUUAAACUCAGUUAUGGCAGCCGUUGGUCCCGGCCAUCCAUUACAUCGUCAUGUUGAGACAAUCGUUCAGAAGUUACCGAUUCAGCUGCGAGAUCGACUCAGUUCCCUCGUGCCUCCUGAGAGAUCUACACCUCCAUCUUUCAAGUCGCUUGUUAAUUUGCAUAAGAAGACAAUCAAAGCUCUUCAUGUCCUGCAACGCACGGAGACCCAGUGGGGUAUAAUGUUGGAGCGUAUAUACCAUCUAGAAGAUGUCGCUUCGAACUCGAGGUCUCCGGAUCACCGCUUUCAACAUACCUUCCACACGCCGCGCCCUCGACUGCAGAGGAUACUGUACCCGCCUAUGAUUGAAUGGUACUGGGAGUGUUUCCUCAAACCAUACUUUCUGAAGACAAUGGCGGUCGUGACCUGCAUACUGUCCGUGGCUGUGGUGUGGUCAGAAGUUACUUUCUUUUGUAAGAACCCCGUCCUGUCCAUAUUUGCCAACAUUGUGAUAGCUGCUAAAGACAGUUAUAAUUAUGCAGCUAUUGUGUCAAUAUCAACACUAAUAAUUGCCUACAUGUUCUACUGUGCGUACUCCACGGUGCUAAAGAUCCGGCUGCUCAACUUGUAUUACUUGGCCCCGCAUCAUCAGACCAACGAGUACAGUUUGAUAUUCUCCGGAAUGAUGGUCUGUCGCCUCACGCCGGCCAUGUGCCUCAAUUUCCUCAGUCUUAUACACAUGGACUCGCACGUCAUCAAGGAGAGGAUCAUGGAGACCUAUUAUACACAGAUAAUGGGUCACAUGGACGUGCUAGGCAUCAUAGCAGAGGGCUUCAACAUUUACUUCCCGAUGCUGGUGGUACUUCUGUGCCUGGCCACCUACCUGUCGCUUGGCAGCCGACUGCUCUCCCUCUGCGGCUUCCAGCAGUUCGUCGGCGACGAUGAGCUCACCACCGACCUCGUGGACGAGGGUCGGGAGAUUGUUAAACGAGAGAAACGCAAACGGCAACGCGCCGAGGAAUCGAUGACGCGCCGCCGCGACUACAGCGAAAGGUUCAGCAACUACCGUAGCGCGAGGGACAACCAAGAUGGAGCCCACACCGGGCUCCUCAAUGACGUGGAUUCAGACUACUAUGUGACUCAGAGUCCAGAAAGAACACACAAUGUAAGCAGUUACCAGCGCGCAGAAGUCCCGUACCAGGAUGAUUUAGACAAACGUUUCGGAGAAAGCACUCUACCAUCAAUCAAAACAGAGUUUGAAGACCGACGGAGGGACAAAAUGACGAUGCCUCCCAGAGGACUCUUUGAUGAUGUUUAG